UUUUAAGUAAAGACUAAUACGAAUUUGUACUGAGAACACUUCGGGUUGAAAAUGCGUCAUGAUCCUUUAUUUCCAUUUGCGCCAAACAUGUGAUGGGAGUUGUUCGUUUUAUUGAGUCCAAUAAAACCAAGAGUAGAUUCACCACUUAAGGAGAGAUGAAUAGUGGAAUUUCAAACGGAACUCAGUUAGCUAAUAAAAGUGAAUGUCUUAAUUUUAUUGCCGAGUUUUGUGCGCUUUUGAACUAAAUCUGCUGGAGUUAUGCAAUGAAUCCUACUUCGCAGAUGAAAUCAAAUUAGACCGAAAUGGUGCAUUCAAUAGAAUAUAGUUUAUUGAUAAUAUAUUUAGUUGUCUUGUAGUCGCCAUCUUAAAACAUACCAAUUGCGGUUGCUUACUUGCUUACUCUUUGGCGACUUUAGUUACUUGAAAGGAAUAUUCUUUCCGCUCUCUGGUCUCCUAUGGUCAUUUGAUGUCUUAUCUGCCCCUGUUUCUCUUUUUCUUCUUCUUUUGGUCUUACAUUGGAGCGCUAAAAAUGUCAAACUGAAUUUCGUCGCACCAAUUUGCGCAUUAAUUGUAUUCAAUUUGUGGCCCCGGUACAGAAUGCAGUUGGGUUUUUGGGCGCCUAGGGUUGUAAACGGCGGGAGAGAUGGAAUAAAGGGCGAAUUAUGCCAAUCGAGGGAUUGAAUGAUGCGCAGAUUCCUGUUGAAAGGAGAUGAAAAGGAAAGUUCCUGAUAUUUAACGCUACCUCCCCGAACUAAACGUGUCCUCUUAUUACUUACUUGGCCUCAAUUCAAUCUUCAGUUGAAAGGAAAAUGCGUAAAAAUGGUACAAUGGGUUAACAAACAAAUUUAGUGUGACAGAAUUGAAAGAAUUUUGGCACACUUAACAAAAUGAAACUGUCUAAAAGCUUUCCAAUCAGCUCUAUUUUUCCCAAUUGACAAGUCGGAUUUUGAGAAUCGAAUCGAUUUAAUCGAUCGAUCGCUUCUGUGAUGAGUUUUUUGAAUGCGAGGAACACGUUGUUUAUUCACGCCGCUUCCUCUUAAUUGAUUUGUCGCGGGGCUUCAGUCCCUGUUACUUUUUCAUUCCAAUGGCUUGCAGCGAGUCCUAAUUUACUAUUAUCAGUCAGUUUAUCUUCAGCUAGCAGCGGCUAUUUAAACGAAGACGCAAAAAAAAUAAAUAAAUAAUGGCGUCAUGGAAGGAAUUUCAAUGAGAAGUAAUUGAGAAAGCCAUGUCUUGUGGCUUAAUUCUAGUUGGAGUUCAUUGGAAGAGGAUUUUUACCAAGCAAAUAUCGGCAAUUACUUUGUGCAAUAAAGUAUAAUUUGCUUUGUUUGUACAAAAAUUAAUCGCCAUAGCAAUGGCAAUACUUUCAAGUGCAAUACAGUCGCGAGCGAUGCUGCCGAAACGUUAUAAUUCGAUUUAUUUCUGUAAAUUAUUUCUUUUAAUGCUGGUGUUUUUGAGCACUUUUUUGUUACAACCUGUGUUGAUCCAUGCGCAAUUCAACUCCGAGGUGUCUUCUGGAUUUGGAAACUCACAGAGCGAUUCGCUGGACCGCAACCAACCCCCGUCCGCGACGACUGCCUUUCCAGAACUCGCGAGGAUGAGGACUCUUGCCAAAUCCACGGUCUUCAAUUUAACAGUGGGCGUCGUAGUAUCGGACAGAAAUAUCAUUCAAAACUUUCUGAUUCCUUUCUUCAGGGAGCUCAACAACGAAGCUCCGGUGGCUUCCAGACCCACUGUGAAGUUACGACCCAUCUUUGACCAGCCUGAUCUACCGACAAAAUCUGCCAACCCGAUAGAAGCGGUGCUGAAAAUUUGUGAACGGUUCGUGCAGCAGGGCAUAGGGGCGUUGGUGUUGCGGAAUGAGAAUAGUGAACUGAUGACCCCAGUGGCCAUCUCCUACACUCUCUCCUUCUACCAGAUCCCCAUCAUAUCCAUCAACGACAGAAACAACAUCUUCUCCGACAAGUCGAUCCACUCGAUGUUCAUGCGCACUGUGCCGGCCUACUCGGAACAGGCUCUGGUGAUGCUGGACAUAGUGUCCCACUUUGGAUGGAGUAGGAUAGCAGUGCUGGCCACGAAUGACGUAGACGGACGGAACUUCAUCUCCAAUAUGUGGCCGGCCACUCAGAGACGCAACAUCAAAGUCGACCCCUACUUCCCAUUCGAGCCAGGAAACAAGAUGCUGAUUAAGUUCCAUCUGUCGCACUUGGUCAGAUCGCCAACCAGAGUGGCCCUCAUCUAUGCCAGCAAGGAGGACUGUCUCUCUAUUGCACAGGAGGCUCAGAGGACCAACAUCAGUUCCUCCUUCGUGUGGAUAUUCAACGACUUGAUCAUCUCCGACAUGAGCUCGGCUUCCAACCGACUCCAACAAGUGCCCCCAGGUGCCUUGAUCCCUCGGCUAAAACACGCAGAAGACACGGAAGCACAUCUAAUGGAUGCUAUCAGGGCUGCAAAGUACUCUUACCAGUCGAUGAUCAAGAAAACACAGGCUCAAAAACUGCGCACGAUGACUCAGAACCAGCCAGAGGUGAACCCAGACGGAUCUGUCGACUUCGACUACGACUUCACCAGUACACGGACCCCUUUGACAGACGAGGAAUUGCUGAAGUUGGCGAAGGAGGGGGGCAAUCCGGCCCCCACCCCCAAGGAGUGCGGGGGAGAGGGGGCACAUUGGGCUGAUGGACACAAGUACCUCGGUGAAUUGAAGAAGUUCAAGCAGAACCCGGCCGAGACGGGCGACUUGGCCUUCAACUUGGAGAGUGGGGACAGACUGAACUCCGAGUACGAGAUACUGAACAUGCGAGCCACUCCCCCCUUCCUAGUCCCAGUGGCCAGCUGGAGUGCGAACGAGGGGCUGGGAGUGGACCCGGCGGGGGAACAGAUUGUAUGGCCCAGUGGGUCCACAGUCAAGCCACAGGGCGUGGUCGUGUCCAAACAUCUCAAGAUAGUGACUGCAAUAACAGAGCCGUUUGUGAACAAGAUGAGAGCCUUCCCAGAUGGCACCUGUCACAACAUCCUACGCAGUCAGCCAGACAUACCUUCAGAUGCUAAUGCAGUGCCAUGCAUACUACCCCCUUUUGCGGACAGAAAUCAAACUGAACAAUGGUGCUGCUAUGGCUACUGCAUAGACCUGCUGGUCAAGUUGGCUGCACAGCUCAAGAUAUCAUACGAGUUGCAUCUGGUGGCGGAUGGAAAGUUCGGUGCCAGAGCAUCUAAGGCGAUCCCAGACAGCAGUAGCAUCCUCAUCAACCCCACGGCAGAGAGUCCCCCUGGCAGUGGGGGUCCGGGGGGUCUUUUGGAGAAGGAGGUGUGGGACGGGACCAUAGGGGAGAUCUUGAAUGGAGAAGCGGACUUGAUAGUGGCAGCAUUGACCAUAGACAAUGAACGGGCCCAAGUGAUUGACUUCUCAAAUCCAUUCAAACAUCAGGGUCUGUCCAUUGUAGUGAAGAAGAAACAGCCGAACAGCAGUCUGGCCUCGUUCAUCCAGCCCUUCCAGUACCAACUGUGGGUCCUCAUUGCCCUCUCAGUGCACGUGGUGGCCCUCAUUCUCUACCUCCUCGACCGAUUCAGCCCCUUCGGCCGAUUCAAGGUGAACCAUGGCGAGGGAUCCAUUGAGGAGGAGGAUGCCCUGAACCUCUCUUCUGCCAUGUGGUUCGCCUGGGGAGUCCUGCUGAACAGUGGCAUCGGAGAGGGAACCCCUCGCAGCUUCAGUGCCCGAGUACUGGGGGUGGUGUGGGCUGGUUUUGCCAUGAUCAUAGUGGCAUCCUACACUGCUAAUCUAGCUGCGUUUCUUGUGCUCGAUAGACCAGAGGCCGAGAUAGCCGGAAUUAACGACGCCAGGAUGCGGAAUCCGAGCGAGGCGUACAAGUACGGGACUGUGAAGGACAGUGCAGUGCAGGCCUACUUCAAGCGCAAGGUGGAGAUGAGCAACAUGUACAGAUUCAUGCUCAGAUUCAGCCGCAACUCCGCCCAGCAGGCCAUAGAGGACGUCCGAAAGGGUGACCUGGAUGCGUUCAUUUGGGACUCUGCAGUUCUGGACUACGAGACUUCCAGGGACUGUUCUCUGGUGACUGUGGGCGAAAUGUUCCACAGAAGUGGCUAUGGAAUAGGCAUGGCUAAAGACAGUGCCUGGAAGGAGCAGAUAUCCCUGGAGAUCCUCCAGUUCCACGAGGACGGAUUCAUGGAGACUCUGGACAACAAGUGGAUGAAAUUGAAGACCUGUGACAACAGCGACUCCCAACCGGCCACUUUGGGGCUGGAAAAUAUGGCAGGGGUGUUCAUGUUAGUGGGUGGGGGCAUAGUGGCCGGUGUGGUGCUCAUCUUCAUCGAGAUGGCCUACAAGAGACACUAUGGCAAACAGGAGAGGGAGGAGGUGGUAGCCAGGGCUGCAUUCGACCGGUGGAGGACUGUGGUCAAAAACAAGAGCAGCCGAGGAAAUGGCGAUGGUGGAGUAUCAUACGUGCCCUCAACUUACCCAUUUGGAUCCAGCAAACCAUCCGAGUCCAAACUGAACCAGUUAUUCGGAUCUGGCAACAACACAAACAACUCUAGUUACAUACCCAUGCACUCCAUGGUGUCCGCCGCCUCCCAACAACCCCAGCAGGAGUUGACCUCUCCCAAUGACCUCUCAAUAGGGUCACCCAGAAAUGGAAAAGGGUCACCGAGGUUCGCCGAUGUCAAUGGACCAACGGUACUUUAUCCAGGUUCGCAGUCGAGUCACGCGACGCUGAUGCGCAAUGUGAACCACCAAAAGAAUAGCCCAAAUCAAGCUACUAAAGAAUUAUCUUCUUCGCCUAAUAUUCACCAGAAAGCUCAACCAAAUCAGUCACAGAGACUAAGUCCAAAUGUGGGAGACAUAAGCACGACAGUGUCGAACUCGGGAAUAACCAGUCCGACCACUUUUUACCCCACUGGGAACUCUGAAAAGGAACCCCUGCCUCAAGUUUCGACAUUCGGCAAGUCACGUCCGAAACAGCCUCCUACUUUUAAUAGCCAAUCACAACACCCAAAGCUGUUACAGUCUAACUCGAACACUAUUGGAAGUAGCAACAACAGCAGCAAUACGCCUAACGAGUCAUCUUCGAAGAAUUCGGUCACGCUUGACUUGAAAUUAUUCGACCACGAUUUUGUGCGAGAGAAAUCUUCGGCUGGUAGAAUAUCGGCUAAGAGUUCAAGAGGCGACCUCCAUUUAACUUAAUGAACUGAUUCUCUAAUAUUUUCCAUCACAACUCUUUACGUUUGAGCCUAUUUUUAAUUUAACAGAAUUUUUAGAGUGAAUAAUGAUUUACAAAUCUUAAUUAUUAAAUUGUAAAUUAGUUUAAACGAGAAAUAUGUGAAUUAACGCCUUUAAUUAU